CUUACUUCCUACCAAUCACAAACAAACACAACCUGCCCAACAAAGGACUGCGGAGCAGUUAUGUGUGCGAGAUACUAUUUCUGAUCCGACUUCAGGAGCUUAGAGCCAUCAUGAUCUGUAACUCGCUCCUCUGGACGGCAUUGUGUUCUUCAGGUCGGAAGGCUCCUCAACAUUUCAGAGCAGCGGCUUCAAGCAACGUCUAAACUUCCCUCUAAGGAUGACAGCUGCUGUCCACCUGCCAGCGAUCCCUUCCAAUGGAUCCUUCACCAACCCGUACGCCGUUGAUGUGGUCAAGACCAUGAAAGAUGAACUUAUUGAGGGGAUUCAAGAUCCUGACAGACUCAUCUCCUGGCUGGUGGACCACGAUGUCUUUACCCCGGAUAAAAAAAUGAUCAUGUCCUACUACCGGACCAAGACCGAGAAGAACUCCAGGCUGCUGGACAUCCUCAUGUCUAAAGGUGAGCGGGCUUGUCGCCUUUUCUUCUUCCCAUGCCUUAAAAAAAUUGAGCCCAACCUAUACUACAGCGUUAAAAGUUAUGUCAACCAAUUGAACGAAUCGAUUGGAGAUGGCAGAAGACAGCUGGUGGGGUAUCUGUUGGAAAGAGACAAAGACCAUAAGGAGAUGCCGGUUAAGGAACCUCCAGAGAAGGUUGCCCGCAAAGAGAGCGUGCCCCAAAAAGCAAGCACCCCAGCCCCCAAACCAAAACCAGCUGCCAAAGUGAAGGAAAGGAAGAGGCCACAGUCUGAAACCCCUAAGCCGAAGGUCGUAAGUUCUGAAGAGGUUUUUGAUGCGGUCAGCAAAGGAGACCUCUCCUUGUUAGAGUCCCUGUUGAAGAAUUCCGAUGUCAAUGCUGUAAAUUCAUCUGGAGAAACUUUAUUGCACGUAGCAGCGUCUAACGGCCACGUUCCCGUGAUAGAACACCUAAUUUCGAAGGGGGCAAAAGUGGACGCCAAAGACGGGAAACGCAGGACGCCGCUUCACAGAGCAGCUGAGAAAGGCCACGAGGAGGCGGUAAAGGUCUUACUCCGAGCUGGGGCAAAUAUUUAUUCCCAGGAUGCCGAUUCGCUGACCCCCCUGCACCUAGCUGUGCAGAACAACCAUCAAAACGUUGUCAGGCUCCUUCUUCAAGAAGAGGGGAAGCGCUACAAAAACAGGACCAACUUUUUGCACAUGGCAGCCACUACGGACAACAGCAGGCUGGUCCAAAGCCUCUUAAAGAAUGGGGCCCUCGUUGAUGCCACGGAUGAAAAGAAACAGACCGCGCUUUUCCAUGCGGUCACUGGGAGUCACGAGGCGACGGUUAAAGUGCUGCUGGAAGCCGGGGCCAGUAUCGACGCUAGCAUAAUUGACGCGGCCUUCAGUACGAACAACGAGCACAUUUUUGGCCUCCUCUUGGAAUACUCCAAAGGACUAUCCCCGGACACCAUGGUCUCCGCCAUGUUUAAAGCCGUCAAAAUGAACCUUUACGGCAUCAUCAAUGCUUUGGCGGACAAAGGCACCGACAUCAAUGCCAAAAACGACAUCGAGUACACGCCGCUUCUCCUGGCGGCGGAGCUAGGGAAGGCGGAGGCAGCUCGGGCGCUCAUACAGAAAGGGGCGAACCUGGACGAAAGGACACCGAACCUGAACACCGCGUUACAUCUGGCCGUCCAAGGAGGAGACGUCUCCACCACAAAACUUCUGCUGCAGAAAGGCAUGAAGGCCAAUUUACCAGGUCCCGGCGAACAGACACCCUUGCACGUGGCGGCGUUUCACAACAAGCGAGAAAUGUGCGAUAUUUUGAUCGGCGCAGGGGCGAACGUCAAUGCUGCCACUAAGGAGUCAGUCACCCCUUUGCAUAUCGCCAGCCAGAGGAACAAUCUGGAGGUUGCUGAGAGCCUUGUAGAAAACAAAGCCAACGUUAAUGCCAAAGACAAACACUUGCGGACGCCGCUGCACUACGCUGCGGAGGGAGGAGGCAACAGUCUCACGCAGCUGCUUCUGAAUAAAAAGGCCGAUCCCAAUGUCGCCGACAAAGAAAAGAAGACCCCACUCCAUGUUGCUGCGGCUGCAGGGAAUCUGGACGCCGUGGAAGCCAUGCUGACCAACAAGGCCAGGUAUGGUGCCAAGGACAUGGACGGGUGCACGCCCAUCCACUACGCCAUCAUCUCUGGCAACGUGGACAUGGUCCAGUCACUUCUGAAAGCUGCAAAAAAUAAAAAUUUAGAAGACAAAAAUGUCUGGAGGAAAACACCUUUGCACCUUGCUGCCGAAUACGGCCACAGCGACCUGGUCAACCUGCUGUUAACCAGUGGGGCAGCUAUCGACCCUCUAGAUGGCAACAGGGACACACCGCUGCACUGCGCUUGCAAAUCUGGGCACCUAAAAUGUGUGCAGACUCUGGUAAGCUGGCCACAGGGACAGAAGGCUAAUCUACAGUCCACCAACAGCCUGAAGAAGACCCCCCUUCAGGUGGCAGAAGCUGGCACCACCGACGGCCACCAGGAAAUUGUGAUUUUCCUGAAAAAGAAAAUGCUGAUUACUAAAUAGGGCUGAGCAAAGCUGGCCAUACAUGAUACAAUGUGAUUGCUCCUAUAGAUCUAACAUUAGGGCCUGUGUUAUCAACCUAUUCAAUCUGCAUGCAAUCAGCAGUCCCUACAUAGUUACUAGUGGAUCUACUGUAUAAUCUGAUUGUAUUGUGUAUGGUCAGCUUAAGGCCACCCACAGGCACACGAUAACAGUCUGGACUUGUAUUGCCCAUUUUCCCUAAUGGUCCCCCUCCCCUUAUAGAGCAUUUUAAAAAAUAGGUUAUAUAAACUCUUCCCAGCUAGUUUAGGGCCCACUAAGAAGUCCCAGAGAAGUACACUUAUCUUUUAAAGAAGUGUUUGUUGAAUUAUAUACAAAGGAGGAAAACUCUGAAACAGUUUUCAGGUCUCAGGGAACCCCCACUAAAAUAUUUAGACUGUAGAAGUGACCCCUUACAUUAGUGGUCAGUGUAGAGGUACCCCUUACAAUGAUGGUCAGAGUAGAGGUGCCCCUUACAUUAAUAGUCACUGUAGAGGUGCCCCUUAACUUGAUUGUCAGUUUAUAAGUACCCCCCCUUACAUUGAUGGUCAGUGUAGAGGUGCCCCCUUACGUUGAUGGUCAGAGUAGAGGUGCCCCCUUACGUUGAUGGUCAGUGUAGAGGUGCCCCCUUACGUUGAUGGUCAGUGUAGAGGUGCCCCCUUACGUUGAUGGUCAGAGUAGAGGUGCCCCUUACAUUGAUGGUCAGAGUAGAGAUGCCCCCUUAUAUUAAUAGUCACUGUAGAGGUGCCCCUUACCUUGAUUGUCAGUGUAUAAGUGGCCCCCCCUUACAAUGACGGUCAAUGUAGAGAUGCCCCCUUACAUUAAUAGUCACUGUAGAGGUGCCCCUUAACUUGAUUGUCAGUGUAUAAGUGGCCCCCCCUUACAGUGAUGGUCAAUGUAGAGAUGCCCCCUUACAUUUAUGGUCAGUGUAGAGGUGCCCUCUUAACUUGAUUGUCAGUGUAUAAGUACCCCCCACCUUACAAUGACGGUCAAUGUAGAGAUUCCCCCUUACAUUAAUAGUCACUGUAGAGGUGCCCCUUAACUUGAUUGUCAGUGUAUAAGUACCCCCCACCUUACAAUGACGGUCAGUGUAGAGGUGCCCUCUUAACUUGAUUGUCAGUGUAUAAGUGGCCCCCCCCUUACAAUGACGGUCAAUGUAGAGAUGCCCCCUUACAUUAAUAGUUACUGUAGAGGUGCCCCUUAACUUGAUUGUCAGUAUAUAAGUACCCCCCCCCCCUUACAUUGAUGGUCAGUGUAGAGGU